UGUAUGGUAUGAGGUAGAACAUCUGCUUCAGAACUUUUGUUUUACUUUCUGUUUUGUCUCAACCUAUGUUACUGCCUGGUCUUCUCUUUAGAAUCUUCUCUGAUCUUCACUAAUCGGCUCUGGAUAGAGGAAGGUCAGAUCUCCAUAAUGAGUGUGAUUACAUCUCGUCUGUCCAAGCAGCAGGAGCUGAAACUGUGUUCUCUGCUUGGUCAAGUUAAGCUCCGUCUGCUGUUCAAGGCCAGUGUGCACGGUUUCACCGCUGAUGCCUUCCACAGCAAGUGUGACUAUCAAGGUCCGACUGUUACUGUAGCAUAUAAUAACUCGGGAUAUGUCUUUGGAGCAUACACCAGUAAGGAUUACACUUGGACGAAUCGUAGUGUUGUAGAUGACAAAUCCUUUCUGUUCAGCGUUAACGAGCGUAGAGCUGAUAAAGCUCCUUUGCACGUGGCCCGCACUAGCGGCCAGUAUGCCUUCACUGAUGGCAAUACUGGGCCCAAUUUCAUCUCCUUGCUUUUUCUGCACAAUAACACUGCUACUGUGUACAGUAAUCCAGGCACGUAUAAUUUUAACCCAGUGGAGAUGCAUGGCAAUGACCUCCAGCUGAGUGAGUGUGAGGUGUACCGCGUGGAGGGGUUGGGACCACUCAUGGAAAAACAGUGGAGGAACAUCGAGUGGAGUGAGGGGAAGAGGGAGUCUCUGAUGGAUACAAUCUCGCACUGGACUCCGAGUGUGAGCUCGGUGCAGAAAGCUCGUGUGUUGCUGGUCGGUGCUGUGGGAGCGGGCAAAUCCAGCUUCUUUAACUCCGUUAGCUCUGUGUUUAAGGGCCACGUGAGCUGCAGGGCCAACACGGGCAUCGCUGGCACCAGCCUCACCACACAGUUCCGUGUGUACUCCAUUAAGGCGGGUGAUAAGUUCCUGCCGGUCACACUGUGUGACUCUAUGGGACUGGAGGAGGGAGCUAACGCUGGAAUGGACAUCGACGACUUCACCAACAUCCUAAAGGGUCACAUUCAGGACGGAUACCAGUUUAACCCGUCAGUUCCUCUCCAGUCAGACUCUUCUUAUUUCAGUAAAACUCCCAGUAUGCAAGAGAAGAUCCACGCUGUGGUGUACGUAAUGGACGCCUGUAAGAUCAAACUGCUGUCUGACACGAUGAUGGAGAAACUGACUGCUUUCCGAAGAAAAGCCAACCACAUGGGAAUCCCACAGAUGGUUCUGCUGACUAAGGUGGAUGAAGCGUGUCCUUUGGCAGGAGAGGAUAUGAAACACGUCUAUCGGAGUCACUACCUCUACAAGACGAUACAGGAGGUGAGUGCAUGUCUGGGUAUUUCUCUCUCCUCUGUGGUUCCAGUGAAGAACUACAGUAAUGAGCUGGAGCUCGAGCCGAACACUGACAUCGUGCUUCUCAACGCCGUUCAGCAGAUCCUCAGAACCGCCGAGUCGUACUUCGACAAUGUUGCCUGUGACAAAAAGUAGAGUCAGGAAAUGUUAAAAGAUGUUCUAAUCGCUAAACUGCUCCACACUGCUGCUGCUCUUUUAGUCACAUUUAAUGCCAGUGUUCCAUUCCUGCUCUGUGGAAUAGCGCUGAAACGAGCAGAUCGUGCUUUUGGAAAUGAAUCAGUGAAUCACUUCCUGUUGUGCUCCUUCCAUAUCAAAUCAACCAGGGCAUCCCAGGUGACCACCUCAGAUUCUGUUUAAAAAUUGCCAAAAUACCUCAUAUAGAGUAACCCCAUAUUUCAAUAAAGAAAUUCCUCCUUUUCUAGGAGUUAUACCUCUUUAAUUUCAGCUGCCAUGCCCCUUUUCAUACUCAAGAGUUUAAACGGCUGCAUCUUAAAGAUCAAAGGUGAAACUUUCUCACAUUCUUACAGAAUCCAGGAUCGGAGUUGGAUUAGAGAAUUCAACAGAUCUUAAUUUUAAUUUCGUGUCAGAUUCUUUUUUUUUUCAGAUUUUGGCCUUGGUCAGUUGGGACACAUGUAGCGCUGGAGUCUGUGGUCUUUUUAUUUUAGGUAGACACUAUUGGCAAAUGCAAAAUUAACCAAAUUUAUAUUAAAUCUUAUAUCAAAAUUUUGAUAUAUCUAUAUUUUCGGUUCUUUCGGCUGGUGAUGUUAACCCCCUGAUGGCCAUGUAUAAGCUGUAAAGCGUAGUAUCAAAUUACACAAGUUUAAUCAUAACGCGAGAUAAUCACCAGGGAAGUUUCUUGGCAGUUGGUUGAUUUGGCAGAGAAUGACCUGUAAACGCUUAAACUAUUCUGUUAAACUAUUUGCUUGUUUUUUAUUCUUUAAUAAAGUCUUAACAUCAAAGGUUAUGCUUUUCUGCAGUACUUACAGUGGAAGCCACUUAAAACAGUCUCUCCCAGCUGAUUGCCUUUCAGUUCCCGGCCGUGCGACGUGGACUAAUCGGACAUUUACCAUUACAUUUAGGCAUUUGGCAGACGCUCUUAUCCAGAGCAACUAUCACUGGAUAGAUCCUUACACUGGGUUAACUAGAUUAAUAACUAAGUGCCAUUAGUCCA